AUGCCGCUGCCGGCGCAAGUGUGGGAGCCAAUUUGCACAGGUAUCCUGGAAUUCCUCAACGGCUGGGUGCUAGUCUCCUUUCUUGCAACUUGCAAAGCAGCCCGGGGAUGUCAAGCACAACUGCAGCAUGUGCAGAAUGUCAGGCUGCAGGUUGAACACUUGAACCGCUUUCUCCGGACAGCUGUGCGGCGGGACUGUCUUUGUUUGCCCGGCUUCGACAUCGGAAAGCUUGCAGAGGCUCGGCUCAUCCCAAUAAACCCUUUGCCUACACUUCCAGGCCGCAACAUGAUGCUUUUACUAGAUGAAACCUACGCGCUGAACCCGUGCCCGGCCACAUUCGCAAAUUUUCGGGAGUGGCUGGAAGACCACUUUUGGCCAGAAGACAUCGGGCAGACCUUGGACGUCGGCGCCCUGGUUCGAGACAUGCAUGGUGCCGAUAGUGCCUUGUUUUGCAACCCUGACCUAGAAGCCUUGACGACCAUUCUGUGCCCCCACCUCGAGCCAGCGUAUUCACCGAGCUGGGCAACGGCCGGCCGCGGCCCUGUCCGAGUGAAAGGGUUCGAGGCCACCCGCUAUCCUGCAUUCUUGCUGGCUUGGGCUGAAUGCCAAGGCUUCCCCCUGCAUCUGCCUUGCAGCCUGAUGGAAAACUACGGGCGCUGCUGCCAUGCUUCAGUUGCAAUCAAUAGCGCCGUGCCACACUUCUUGCUUUGUGAAGCUUUACAACACUUCGAGGACGGAUGGGCUUCGUUUCGAGUGAUGGCAACUUGCCGCCAAGCCAGGGAUUCGGCAGCGCAGGUAGCAACCAGCCUGCGCACAGCCAGGCAAACCUUGUUGGACAUGAUGGCGUACCUCCAAGGCCAACGCCCUCGUCUACCAGGAUUCCUGGUUGAGGACAAGCUUGACAUAGCGAUGCUCCGCCUCCUCAUCUGGGACCCGCCUGUCCACGCACGAAUCUUAUUCCGGCCCAUCACCUUCAUGGAAGACGCUUUCGCGUUUGGGGCCCGAGGAGGCAUGCAACGAUGGAUCGACCAUUACCCGCAAUACCGCGGCCUCGACCCACUAGGCGUUCUUCGCGUCAUGAACCCUUCCCAUCAAAGCUGUGAAUCCUUUCAAGCCUUCAUUGCUGUGCUGCAACAAGCAGAUGCUCGCUUCUUCUACUCGCCCGUUGUCUACCGGAACGACGUGCCCAUGGAGGAACAAUUGCCACCAAGCCCUGGACUUGUCAUUGCCAUGCGCUACCAGGGCUUCCCCUUGAUGAUUUGCGCCGGCUUUAGUCAUGCGCACUACCUGGAAACGGUCUACGCGCCUUGGUUCUUGCAUCAGCUCAACAGAUACGACUUGUCCUGA